GUGAGUGUGGGAAGAGCAGCAGAAGGGGAACAGUCCCUGGGGCAAGGAUCCUGAGAGAGAGGGAGCUGAAGAGGGGGGGGCUAGGAGCAGCUAAAGGGGCCUGGUGGCCAGUUUGCCCUCAGAGAAGCAAGAAGCACCCUCAGCGCUCUCUGGGAAGAGGAGACAAACCAUUUCGGUCCAGAGCCAUCAUGUCCACUAGUGGUUUCACCUUCAAGGACAGGUGUGUGUCCGUGCUCUGCUGCAGAUUCUGCCAGCAGGUGCUGAGCUCGCGGGGGAUGAAGGCCGUGCUGCUGGCCAACACAGAGAUCGACCUGUACUCCACCGACAUCCCACCCACCAAUACUGUUGACUUCAUUGGAAGCUGCUAUUUCACUGACAUCUGCAAAUGCAAACUGAAGAAUAUUGCAUGUUUAAAAUGUGGCAAUGUUGUAGGUUACCAUGUGAUUGCUCCAUGCAAACCUUGCCUGCUGUCCUGUAACAAUGGCCAUUUCUGGAUGUUUCACAGCCAAGCAGUCUUUGGUAUAAACAGACUAGACUCCUCUGGUGUGAAUUUACUGCUUUGGGGCAAUUUACCAGAUUUGGAUGAAAGCACUGAUGAAGACCUGUCUGGCAUCUCUGAGGAGGAGUAUAUCAGAUAAUUAUCAGCAGUGUAUUCCCUUGUUACGUUGUAUUGCAGCUUUCUUCCCACUGUCUUAAUGUACAAACUCAAGCAAUACAGUCAACAGGAAGGCUGGCAAACCAUUUUUCAAAAAGGGUAUAAUGUAAUAUGCCUUAAGAAUCCCUCUCCGCUUUAAAAUGCGCCUAUCUGGAAAAUGAAUGGCAUACAGAUGGCCGCUACCGCUGGUUUUAGGGCUAUUUUGUUAUUAUAGUUCUAAAUCUUAACAGCUGCAGGUAAGGAAAACACAGGCUUUGACACGUCUACAAGUACCAGCUGCUGCCUGUUUUUCCUUCCUAAAUAACAGCUCAGUUGUGGAUCAAAAGUCUUGGUAUCACUGAAACAAAUUAAAUUUUUACCUUUAGGGUAGUGCUAUUGAGGAAUAGUUACUCUGGGUGAGCUGUGACAUUAUGAAGAGAAUUCUAUGGGCUCUAGUUAUGCCCCCUUCUGGACUCUGCCUUUUCUCUCUUCCCAUUCCACCCAUAGCCAAGAAGGUGGUAUAUGCACAGCCUCCUUUGAGGCCACAAUCAAUGCUAUCGAAAGAGUGGGCCAGCAGGGAUUGCUGAAACUGUACAGCCAUCUGUCUUCAUCCUGCUUUGGAGUUGUUUGCUUGUGAAACCACUAGGGAGAUGAGCAUUGGGAUGGUCCUGAACCUGGGUCUCUCGCCCGAGUUUUUUUGGAGUGUAAUAAGUACUCAGUUCUGCUAAAAACUAAACUGCAUAAGAAAUUUAUAGAGCGAGAUUUGCUGCCAGUGAACAGAAUGGCCGACAAAUGGUAAAUAAGGAAGUAUGCUGGGAACUGGCACACUUCCCUGCUUUAAAUGGAAAUGAAUCACGUUCAAUGAAAUAUUAGCAUAACUAUUCUUAAGAAAUGUUACACAGGUGAGGGAAACUCCUUUUGUUCUGUAGAAGUCUCCCUAUUGCGGUGAAAAACUGAAAGAGGGAGAAAAGGCAUAGUUUCCAAGCAAAAUAAUCUGUAAUUAUGUUUGUAUAUUUUGUCAGUAUUAAAUGAGAGGAGCAGCAAGUAUGAUGCUGGAGUAGCGCGUGAGACAAGUUUAGGGCCAGAUUCAAUAAAAUCUUCAUCUGGCUCUUGUGCUGAUGGAAGGUGGGUAAUCUCCACAGAGUUGGUGGUGGAAGGUGGAAAGGAGGCAGCCAGACAUGGUUUGGAGUGAAAUCUGGCUUCAAGAGUACUGUUCUGCUUGCGGCUACCAAGUAACUGCUUCAGCAAGUUUACGUUCUCAAAUGAAAAAUUUUCUUGUUUCUAAGGCUAGGAGGUUCGAAGAGAAUAACUUUGUAAAGAAAAAUCAUCUGACCAACAACUUUUAAAAAGGUAGACAUUUUACUUCAGAACAGAAAUAUUCUAUUUCAUGGGAAGGUUUCUGAAGUGACUUAUUGUACAUUUAUGUAAAGAGGGCUCUCACUAGAUGGUGCUUUAUAUGCCAAUUACAGACAUAGGGUGAGAUUUUCAGAAAUGCCUGAGUGACUUACCAAAAAUAUCAAUAGUGGGGCAUAAGAACAGCCAUACUGGGUCAGACCAAUGGUCCAUCUAGCCAGUAUCCUGUCUUCUCACAGUAGUCAAUGCCAGGUGCUUCAAAGGGAAUGAACAGAACAGGCAAUCAGAGUGGUCCAUCCCCUGUCGUCCACUCACAGCUUCUUGGAAAGUCAAGGAGACUUGUGCUCCUGAAGCACUUGGUAAAACCCUACCCACAGAGAAGAACCAACAGAGUAAGUCUGCAGUUCUGCAAUAAGCUCCAUGUGGGUAGAAUCCUCUUCAUUUAUUUGGGCUUGGUGAACAUCAGGACAGUGCCCAUUGUGCAAAACCUGUUAGGUUCUGAUCCUACAAAGGACUGCCCUGGAAAUCUGUGUGAAAUGAGUUUUUUAUCUCUCACAGCGAUUGUUUGAGACCACUUCAGAUAGUCCAUUUUUACAAAGCCAUUGUUUUAUUGUAAACCCCUAGCUACAUCCCCAACCAAGAUUUAUACCAAAAACCACAUACUCACUAGCCAUAGAAAAACACGGCCUUAGACACUGAAGAACACAACAGAAAGGCAGUUGCAGGCAUCCUGCUCCCUCUAACAAGCCCCUAACACAAAGCUCAUUGGUGUUUUGCAGAAGCCAAAGCAUUCCAUUCAUAAACCACAUGUAGACUUGGUACAUCUGGUUAGCUGAAGAUGGAUCUUUCAAGUGAUGUAUUUACAAAAGUGUAGUAGUACAUGAUAAGGUAGGGUGGAUUUCCUGAAUCCUACUAAAAGCAACUCCAAGAUCAAUAUCAAGAUUAACAUUUUGUAUAUUCUCUGUUCAGCUCUGAAAAGAUGCAGUGAAGGCAGACUCUUGUUUUAGUACUUUACUGUAUCUGUUCUCAAUUGGUGUUACUACCUCUUCUUCUGUGUUGGCUAAAGUGUGUAUUUGCUAUUUUUCUGUAUUUGGAUGUCUUGUUAUGACUGUAUGCUGUCUACAUGUGUAUCAAAUAAAUGUUGAUUUAUA